AUGCCCCGCCAACGCAAACAAAACACCACCCAACCAACCGCCAUCGCCGCGGAAGUCCUCUCACGACCCCCCAAAGCCCUCAAAAAGCUGCUUCACUGGAACGACCUCCCAAGCUGGCAACGCGACAACCACCACAUCCACACAGGUUACCGACCAGCCUCCUUCUCCUUCCUAAUCUCCUUUCAGUCGCUCACCUACUUGCACAACGAGACCGUCAACAUAUACACCCACCUCCUUCCAGCAUUCAUAACAAUCCCAUCCGCAAUCGUCCUGCACAAUGCCAUCGCCUUGCGGUAUGAAACAGCAACGCAAGCUGAUAUAAUUGCGUUUAGCUUUUUCUUUGCAGGUGCCGCAGCAUGUCUGGGCAUGUCAGCGACAUACCAUACGAUAUCAAACCACUCUCCGCUCAUCGCGCGCAUCGGAAACACAUUUGAUUACAUCGGUAUCGUGGGAUUAAUCGUCGGCUCUUUUGUCCCCAGUAUAUAUUACGGCUUCUAUUGCGAUUCAGGCCUGCAGAAAUUCUACUGGACUAUGAUCUGCACAAUCGGGCUGGGCUGCAUCAUCGUCUCGAUCUUCCCACAAUUCCGCACGCCGAAGUGGCGGCCUUUCCGCGCAUCCAUGUUCGUGGGGAUGGGGUUGUCGGCUGUAUUUCCCGUCCUGCACGGAUUGCAACUAUUUGGGUUGGAGAUGAUGAACAAGCAGAUUGGACUUGUGUGGCUGGUGAUGCAGGGAGGAUUGUAUAUCCUAGGUGCGGGGAUAUACGCGGCGCGCGUGCCAGAGAGGUUAUAUCCUGGCGGGUUCGAUAUCCUGGGCCAUUCGCACCAGAUAUUCCAUGUACUGGUUGUAUGUGCAGCGGGUACGCAUUUGAUGGGAUUGCUGAGGGCAUUUGACUAUCGGCAUAGUGUUGCAGGUGAUUGCAUUGGGAUGUAA